GGCGAUGUGUAAACUGAACCAGACGUACUUGUGAACGUUCAUAACGAGUCUGUCCGGUAUCUUGAGACAGCUGAAGUCUACAUCAUGAUGUUUUGGCUAUUGCUAGCCUUGGCUCUGGUUAAUACAGCCUUGGCCAAAGUGAGCACAAACUUCAAUGACUGCCGUGGCCACUUCUAUGCCAGUACUCCUCCACAAGGAUUCGAUAAAGUUUCCAAUCAGGCCGGUGUCAUCACACCUCUCUGCCUAAUGUACGAAAACUACAACAACCCUUUCUUUGCCUCCCUGUAUCACAAGCAGAACCAUUACCCUUUAUAUGCUGCCUACAUCUUGGACGCCAGACCUGGCGAUGUGACGGGUUCAGAUCAGACUUUCCGUUUGGAACCACAGCUGGUGGAUACUCGACUUCCCAAUGAAAUGAUGCUUCAGCCGCAGACAGAAACCUCCAUCCGUAAUAUAGGUCUAUCUGGAACUCCUGCCGACCUGAUCAAAAAAGCUCAAGCCGUAAAUUCAGACUACACAGGAAGCAACUACCAUAAGGGUCAUCUUAACGCCAAUGCCGACCACCCCGCUGGGCCAGGACAGCAGGCCACGUACACCCUGGCCAACGUGGCUCCCAUGUACGGGUCAUUGAACAGCGGGAAUUGGAGGAACAAUGAGGCCAGGGUAAGAAACAUUGCUGCCUCAUGUGGGAAAAUGUAUGUAGUUACUGGAGCGGUGCCUGGAAAUAACUGGAUCUCAGUAAACGGGGUGCAACGGGUCAACAUUCCCAGCCACAUCUGGAGCGCGUUCUGCUGUCUGGACAACAACAAUCGGCCAAUCAGAGCAGAGGGAUCCCUGGCACCGAAUAAUGCCAACAGCGUUCAGACAGGGCUCAGUAUUUCCAACCUGACGAGUCAGCUCAGUUCUCUGCUUAAAGUCAGUGUUACCUUGUUUAAUAAUAACUGCUCAUAGAAUGUGUGAGACGCUGUGUAAUAAAUGAGGUGGUGACAUCCACCAAGCAUCAUCCA